AUGCAUGCCAAGCCUGAGGUGGUCAAAGAGGUCCUCACUGUAGCAACUGGAACUGGGGAAGCUCCAGUUGCCUGCCGCCGCCUGCGCGCUAGUGCCGCAGAGUGGUCUGCGGACGGCACAACUCUCUUCACCUCCUCCUCCUCCAACCGAAUCAACACCUUCGUCCUUCCCUCCACCCUCCUCGCGCCCCACGGUGACUCUCCCCUCACCCUCACCCCCCAAGGCACCCUCUACCUCCCCGAACCCACCGCGGCCAUCGCGCCCUGUCCAUACUUUGCCCUCGAACAGCCCUCAACACAAUGCAUUCUGACAGCCAGCACCGACCACCCAAUUCAUUUACACCACGCUUUUCCUCAACCACCACCACCAUCAUCAUCAUCAUCAUCCCAAUCCUCGUCCCUCGACGACGACAACGACGACGACGAUGACUCCACCUUUGGUUUCCCACAGCACAAGCCACAACAACAACAACCAAAACCCCUCGCCACCUUCCGCCUCAUCCACGCCGAAACAGAGCGCUACCUCCCCAUCACCUCCCUCCUCUGGUCUUUUCCGGGAACCCACUUCCUCGCCGGCUCCACCAACUGUCUCUCGCUCUUCGACGUCUCCCGACCCGACCUAGGACUCUCCGACACCCCGCUCUUGACCAUCAAAACCACGGGCGGCCCGUCUGCUCAACACAAAUCCGGAAACGUAGGAGCCCGGGUGGUGGGCAUGAAGGGCACCAUCUCUGCGCUCGCGAUGCAACCCUUGAGUCACGGUGAUUAUUAUGGUACCGGGGCCAACGUGGUAAGCGCAGGCACGUGGACGAGAAACUUGGGGUUAUAUGAUUUACAUCGGGCGGGCGCUUGCGUCGCUACGUGGAAUGUUGCGCAGGCUGCUUCUCUGGCAAAGAUAGGGGGCAGGGGGGUGUUACAGACGGUUUGGAGUCCGUGUGGACGGUAUCUGGUGGUGAACGAGCGGGAGUCGAGUGGGCUUUUGGUCUAUGAUUUGAGGGGGACGCAUCGGUUGUUGGCAUGCUUGCGUGGGAGGGAUGGAGAGACGAAUCAGAGGUUGAGUUGUGAUGUUUUCCCGGGGACAAAUGAGGAAGUGGGGGGGUUUGAGGUCUGGGCGGGAACGAGGGACGGAAAGGUGGUGGUUUGGGAAGGGGUCGGAAUGAGGGAGGGGAGUGUUGAGCCGAGUUAUGAUUUCGAGGUGGGUGCGAGGGGGUCGGCGGUAGGCGGGACGGCAAUGCAUAUGAGCGGGUCGGUGUUGGCUACUUGUUCGGGGUCAUGGAAGUUUCCGGAUGAUGAUAGCGAGAGUUCUAGCUCCGAGUCGGAGUCGGAGUCGGAGUCGGAUUCUGGUUCUGAUGACACUGAGUCUGGGAGCUCCAGCAAUGAGAGUGACUCGGAGGAAGACGGGAUGGGGACAUCGCAGCAACAACGAGGCAGAUCCAGGCCACCUCCGGCGGUUGUUGAAGAGACCAGUUUAAAGGUAUGGAGCAUCACUGCAGGUAACAUGGCCCAAAGCAGUCAUCAGGAGGAGGUCAAUGAGCCAUACGAGACCUAAACUUACAGAGCUGGAGAUAUCCGGAUUCAUGGUCUUGCUUGGUGGCCAAAACUUCGAAAGACAGUCUAUUUUGCAGUGCUGCAUAGUGAACAGUCAGCACUAUGUGAGUUUCCUUCGUCUUUCACCUCAACCUUGUUCCCUCAUCACUCCCAUGGUGAAGAAUUGUGGCCAAACCCAUCAGAAAACUGCUCCAUGGGAUCAUCUGGACCUAAGCCGCCAGAGAAUUCGAUAUCAUCACUGAAAAUAUCAGCAACCUCCUUAUCCUGACUCACCCCGCUGUUGUCCACCUCUAUCACAUUUCCGUCUCCCCAGGGCUCAUCAACCACACCACUCACUGCAUCCAGAAGCCUCCUUCCACCAAAUAUUUCCGCAAACUUCUCUGCCCUCUCGUCUUUCGACAUCAUCAGGAAGGCCGGCAAGCCGUACAGCUUACCCUCUUUUCCACCAAUCGCAACCUCGUCAUCAGGAACCCUGAGCAUCCCAAGGACAACCUGCGCAGCAAAAACAUUCAUUCCCGCUCUCCGCAGGAAAAGCUCCCAACCUGUUUCCACAGGCAGCAGUAUGCUCUGCCACUCUUGAGCUUCAGUUCCAUAAUCGCAUAUUGUAGCUGCUACCCACUUGGCCAGCGUCUCGGUGCCUCCGCCAGCAUAAUAGACGCACACGUCAGUCUGCGCCUGUAGCGCACUUGCGAAACACUGGAACUCGGUGAGGGCCUUCGUAUCAGAUGGGGAGAGCGGAUUCAUGGUCUCACUGUGUUUGUUUCCCUCUGAGAUGAGAACGAUCAGCCGUUCAUGACGUAUUGCUACGUUCUCGACUACAUUGCGGAAGGUUGGCUGUUGUUGUAGUUGCUGUUGUUGGCCUGGGGCUGCGGGGAGGGGUUUCUGUCUUAGUUUUAUCAUGGUCGUAACUAUAAUCCCUGUGGCUGGGGACAAGACGAAGUCGGCCUCGUCGCAAUUUGGCUGUUUGCUACCCGGGGGCGCGUUUUCUGCCCUGAGUCGCUCAUGGUCGCGUACGAUGAGGUCAAUUCCUGGCACCAGUUUCUCCAGAUGGCUCGUGACAAUAUUAGAGACUGCAGCAGACACGAUUAUCCGAGGCGGAGUUUUGGGGGGGACGAUGUCCGGAGAAACAGCAAGAAUGAUUGCGGGCGCAGGUUGAGCCUUGGGUUCCG